AUGACAACCAGCCGUACCAGUACUUCCCGCGUGACCAUUUGCGCCAUUUUCGGUCUGCAUUUCACAGCAGCAUUCGUGCCAAGUUCUUCGGUAUUGACGACGAGGAGACAGUACUGGUAUCAGAGUGCCCCUCUUGCUGCCUAUCUGGACGUGGAACUUGAAGAACCAGCCGCCAAAUUGCCAAAACCGGUUGACACAGUCUCGUUGGGAACCUUGACAGUGCCACAAGUUGGAGUAGGAACCAUCUCGUGGUCUGCGGAUAAAGCUUCGGAUCGGUAUGAACUGGAACGACUAAUGGAGACAGCAGCCCAGCACCCGAGUGGUCUCUUGUUGGAUACCGCAGAGCGCUAUGGAUCCAACAUCAAGACGGCAUUUGGUUUGGGAUGGGGUGAAACGGAGCGCCUUACUGGUAAACUCUUGUCCACUGGUUCAUCCUCAUCAUCAUCCAACAAUCACGACCCCGAAAAGACGAUUGUCGCUACCAAAUUCACUCCCAGUCCUUGGAGAACGACAGUCCAAAGCGUCGUUGAAGCCUGUCAGGAUUCUAGACAACGGCUCAUGGUGGACGGUGGCAGCAGUACUAAUGCGGACCAACAACAACAACAACCUAUUGAUCUCUAUCAGUUGCACAUGCCAGACAUUGUCCAGCCCAUGGCCAAGCUAGGUCGGGCAGCGGCACCCAAGGACACCAUUUACUGGGACGGAUUGGCGGAAUGCUAUCAUCGGGGUCUCGUCAAGAAUGUCGGAGUCUGCAACUACGGACCUACGUUGCUGAUGCAGUGUCAAGAACACUUGGCGAAAAAGGGAGUUCCCUUGGCCAGCAACCAGAUUGGGUACAGUGUUCUGGGCCGUCACAAUGGUGCUCAAGCUACGUUGGAAAAGGGCAAGGAGUUGGGUAUUCAAACCCUGGCGUUCUUUCCGUUUGCCAUGGGACUGCUCACGGGCAAGUACAACCACCAAAGCAUUAACAACAACAAUCUGCUGGAGAGUAGAAGUACAUCGUCGUCGUCGCUGCGGUCGAGCAAACGAUCCCGAUUGGAAGAGUACGAUCUGUACCGCUAUGCCCUCGGUGACGGUGACAGCAUUCCCAAGGGUGGAAUCAGCAAGCUUUUGCAAGCCAUGCAGGAGAUUGCCGACGCCCACGACGCUACUCUGGCGCAGGUGGCGUUGAACUUUGUCAUUUGCCAAGGAGGCAUCCCCAUUCCUGGUGCGCGUACAGAAGAGCAAUACCUAGACAACAUGGGCUCCAUGGGAUGGAGAAUGAAUGCUUCCGAACUGGCUCGACUGGAAGAAGAGAGCGACAAACUGGGCUUUGGAUUUGAAGGAGCUGGCUUCAAGAGAACCAGUGAGAAGUUUGUUGGCUAUGGUGUGGAAAAGUGGACCCUGAACUAA